CCGCCUGCCGACUACGGUUCCCAGUGCUAGGCCCGCCCCCUUCGCCCGUGUCCAUCACUGCGUGCGGAAGCACUGCCAUCAUGUCUGACAAAUUGCCCUACAAAGUCGCUGACAUCAGCCUGGCGGACUGGGGACGCAAGGCCAUGGACCUUGCGGAGAACGAGAUGCCGGGCCUGAUGCGCAUGAGGGAGAUGUACUCGGCCUCCAAGCCCCUGAAGGGCGCCCGCAUCGCAGGCUGCCUGCACAUGACUGUGGAGACGGCCGUCCUCAUCGAGACCCUCAUCGCCCUGGGUGCUGAGGUACAGUGGUCUAGCUGCAACAUCUUCUCCACCCAGGACCAUGCAGCAGCUGCCAUUGCCAAGGCGGGCAUUCCAGUGUAUGCCUGGAAGGGUGAGACAGACGAGGAAUACCUGUGGUGCAUUGAGCAGACGUUGUACUUCAAGGAUGGGCCUCUCAACAUGGUUUUAGACGAUGGUGGUGACCUUACCAACCUUAUCCACACCAAGUACCCACAGCUCCUGUCGGGUGAGCAGGGUGGAACAGAUGGGCUGGGGGCUGCCAAGUUGGAUGCUGAGUGGGCCCUAAGGCUAUGCCUGCCCCAUCAUCCCAUUGCCCCCUUCUUUCAGAGCAAGUUUGACAACCUCUAUGGCUGCCGGGAGUCCCUCAUUGAUGGCAUCAAACGGGCCACAGAUGUGAUGAUUGCAGGCAAGGUGGCAGUAGUAGCAGGCUAUGGUGAUGUAGGCAAAGGCUGUGCCCAGGCUCUGAGGGGUUUCGGGGCACGCGUCAUCAUCACCGAGAUCGAUCCCAUCAUCGCACUACAGGCUGCCAUGGAGGGCUAUGAAGUGACAACCAUGGAUGAGGCCUGUCAAGAGGGCAACAUCUUUGUCACCACCACAGGCUGUACUGACAUAAUUCUUGGUCGGCACUUUGAGCAGAUGAAGGAUGAUGCUGUUGUGUGUAACAUUGGACACUUUGAUGUGGAGAUAGAUGUCAAGUGGCUUAAUGAGAAUGCUGUGAAGAAGGUGAACAUUAAGCCCCAGGUGGACCGAUACUUUCUGAAGAAUGGGCGCCGCAUCAUCCUGCUGGCCGAGGGCCGGCUGGUCAACCUAGGUUGUGCCAUGGGCCACCCCAGCUUCGUGAUGAGCAAUUCCUUCACCAACCAGGUUCUGGCACAGAUUGAACUUUGGACUCACCCAGACAAGUACUCUGUUGGGGUUCACUUCCUGCCUAAAAAGCUGGAUGAGGCAGUGGCUGAAGCCCACCUGGGUAAGCUGAACGUGAAGCUGACCAAGCUGACUGAGAAGCAGGCCAAGUACCUGGGUAUGCCCCGUGAUGGCCCCUUCAAGCCUGAUCACUACCGCUACUGAGAGACAGGCCUGCUUUGUACCUUUCAGCUGCUGUCGUUGCUCAGGCCCCACUUGACCUCCCCAAGAGUAAAUGGCACCAACUCUGGGGUUGGUUUGUCUGUG